CUCUCUAACGAUACUUGCAUUUCAUUGUAUUGUACAUCUAUUUCCGGUUAUGAUUAUAGUAAGCUUCAGUACAAAGCUCAUCGUUUGUUACCAAUUACUCAUCAAGAAUUACUCAACGCCAUUGGAGUUUAAAGUGUCUCAAAUAAAUUAAUAAGAUAUAAAAAUGUUGAAACGAAUUAAUAAAGACAUCAAUCUCACCAUCGCCAAAAAACCUAGACAAUCAUCUCCAUCAGAAACUUGUGAAAAAGAAAAUUUAUCUGCCCAAGAAGACAGUGGCUUGGGUCCAGAUAUUGAAGAUGAAAGGAGAGACAAGAUGGCGACUGACUUCAGUCCAAAGAAAUCACAAUUUACUUCGAGUAAGCCAUAUAAUUUUGAUGUAUUUUCACAAUCAUUUGCGUCUGCUAAACAGCAUCGCACACGAUCUCAAAGUUUACAAGAAUCUAAUUCCAUCAAUAAAUUGUUGACUGAUCAAUCCAAUAAAAUUAAUUCUGAUAAAUUUCAAAGGAAAAUUUCACCAUUUUCAAAAAAAAACGCCCAGUUAUCAGUGGCUACAAGUCCGCUUCCUUUUGAUGAAGAAACUGUAGGCGAGCCGUUUAAAUUAUUGCUCUCACAGAUUUCUAGAGAUGAUAAUGAAGAUUCAUUGAUGGAAGUUGACGUACCUUCCGCUAAAGGUGGCCAUCUAUUUUCACCAGACAUAACAACACCAUCUCGAGACAAACUUAAUAUAAAUUCGAUAAUUAAUAUUAUUGGAAGUUGUCCUGAAGAUAAUAGUCAGCAAUCAGAAGUAACGCCUUUAAUUCCUUUAUCACAAGCUCGGGAUAACGAUGAUCAAAUUCCGGUAACAGAAACUUCAGCUUCAUCUGAAACUAAUCGUAAAUCAACAGAAGCAGAAGUUACGUCUUUGUCACAAAAUUUUGAAAAUGAUUCUGAAGAUUUGUUAGCUGAAGUACCUGAAACUAAUAUUGAAUAUGCAGAGCAAACAGUUGAAAGAUCACCGUCACAAUCUUCAGAAGAUGACCAAGGAUCAUUAUAUGUUCCAGCUUCUGAAUUGUCCGGUGAAGAUAACCAACGUUAUGCUAAAUCUCGAUCAAAAUCGUCCAAGAAUGACCAAAAAGGACAAAUUAGAAUUCCUGUAUCAUCAUCAAGAGCUUCUUCAGAGUCAGAGACUGCUCAUUCACAAGAGUAUCCAGAAGUACCACCAGCUGGAACUUCAGAACCAAAAAAAAGACGUAAAAAAGGUAUGCGUUUUACCCACGUUAAAUCACACAAGGAAUCGACGGUGGAAAGUAAACUAGUCGUUGAUAAUUACAAGCCAGGACCUAGUCCUGACCGGGAAUUAAUUCUUAAUAAUAUUUACAUGCCUAAAAAUUUUUCAAGCCGUCUUUUCAAAAAUAUAAGUAAGAUUGGUCUUAUGAAAAAAAUAAUAAUAAAUUAUUUUGGUCGAGACCGAAUGCCUAAAAUUGCGUUAAAAGAACCGACACGUAAAUAUCCUGGUGAAUUACAUCCGACUCUUCUUGUCAAUGAUACCCAAGUUCAGGACAUAAUUGAUUUAUACCAACAUUACGCUCCAUUGUUAUUUUUGUCGGGUCCAGGUCUUCCAUUUAAAAAAGUACGACAACUAAUUGGCAAGUUGUGCUCAGAGAUAAGAAAUUUUUAUUAGAACUGGUGAUAAAAGUUAACUAAUAAGGAUUUAAACAACAACAUCUAAUUCUUUGAUAAAAUUUGAUAAGGAAAAAAAUUACUAAUUGAUUAACAAUACUCAUAAUUAUGGAAGAACAAAUAUUUUCUUUUGCAAUUUAAAAUUUAAUAUUUGAGAUAUUAAAAAAUUAUUAUGUUUUUUUUUUUUUUUGAUAAAAAUGUAUUUUAUAUUAAUGAUUAACAAUCAUAAACUUAUAUAUAGUUUUUAGAAACUAUAAAAGUACUUUCAGUUGAAAAUUUGUUUCAAUUAAAAUUUGAUACCU